AUUUGUCAAAUGUCCGAUUAUAAACAAAUUGCUCACGUAGCGGAUACUACCGAAGGGGAAUUAUCUGUUUUGCCGUAAUUUAUUAAACUCAAGGGCGGUACGGUAUGAUUGCUUGCGUGCCGAUGCGAAAUUGUACGUUCGAUGGAGUGUAGAACAGUGGGAUAGUGAGUCGAAGCUCUCCAGUUCUUCCGGUACAAAUCUUGUUACCGCAUCAAUCAAUGGAUGCAAUACUGUCCAAAGGAAGCCUGGCCUCCCUGGCCACGGUUGCGACGGUUUUACAGUUUCUCACUGGAACUGUGAUAUGUAAUCGAUACAUAAGAAAGAAGUCAACGGGAGAUACAUCAGCCUUUCCUUUCAUAUCCGGGUUUUUGUCAUGCUUCAUGUGGCUGAAGUAUGGUGUACUAACCGAGGAAAGUACCUUGAUACUGGUAAACUUUAUCGGAUCCGCACUGUUCUUCUCGUACGCCGUAGUAUUUUUCAUCUUUUGCGUCAACAAGCGGGAAGUCAUUCGACAGAUGAUGCUUAUAUCCUGCAUCAUACUGAGCGCCACCUUUUACACCAUGUUUGAGUCGGACGUUGAGAAAUCAAUACGUAUUAUCGGUAAGAGGCAACCGCUGGCGAACCUUUGGAGAGAAUCAACAAAUUAUUUCAUUUCGUCGUUUGUCUCUCGCGUAGGUCUUCUGUGUUGCUGUUUGGCGGUGUUGUUCUUUGCCUCACCACUCACAACGCUGGCGCAUGUAAUACGUACGCAAAAUACGGACAGUCUUCCUUUUCCAAUAAUUGUCGCAUCAUUUUUCGUGUGCUUCCUAUGGACCGCCUACGGGGUAAUGAUUGGUGAUCGUUUUAUACAGGUUCCAAAUCUUCUCGGUGGUAUAUUGGCCGGAAUUCAAUUGACACUGUAUGUGAUAUACCCGAAAAAGAAAGCUUCCGCUAGUGGACCACGGUAUUCCCCACUGGUAUCAGAAAACCCGAUUUUGUAGUAUUUUUUUACGAUGGUAAGUUACAUUAGAAUGGGCCAGUGCGAUUAAUUUUUGUUAAUAUGAUUUGCAUUAACGCUCAUGUUAA